AUGCUAUUGCUAAGACACCUCACCACUCGCCAUACGUGUAUUCCGUGCUCCUCCCAAGAAAUGGAACGAACAAUACUCCCAGCUAGACCCACCGUUGCAACGUCCGCAACCCUGCAACCCUGCCAUCGCGACGCUGCAUCCAGACUUUGCUACGAAUUCGAAUCCGCCUGGCCUGUACCUUGCCCCUCCCUUCCUUCCAAUAAUCCAGCUCAAGAUUCCGCCUUCUUGUGGCUAGAUGCACUCAACAUGUUCAAUGCGAAAAUCAAAAGACUCCCUGACUGUACCCAACCUGACCACCAUGCUCAUUGGUGA